AUGCAAAACUCGGAGAGCGUUUUUAGUGCUUUGGGAGUUCAUUUGGAGGAUCAUCCGAGGAAAGACGAAGGUCGCGAGAUGAAAACUACUACCAGACUAGGAAAACUGCUUACGAAACUUGGUAUUGCCAAGAAAUGGUGGUUCGAACCAUAUUAUUUUAUACCAAGUGAAACACGUCAGAAAUUCUUUGCUGAGCUGGAUAAAUACCGAGAUGACGUUAAACUCCAAGAUAUUUCAUUUCACUCCUUUAUGUGGAAGUUUCAUUCUUCCGGUUCGCUAACUGCUAGUGAAGCUGUCUUUGCUCUGACAGCAUUAAUAGAAGCAGGGCCAUAUGUUGCCGAUGAUCUGGGUGCAAGAGACGCAUAUCCGAGAAUCCCAGCAAGUGGCUCAUCAAAUGGUGCAUAUUUUUCUGAGAAAGAUGGUUGGGAUUUAGAACGAGCCAAGGUAAUGCUAAGAUGUGAAAAGGCUCUGGGAGACACAGAGACUGCUAUGAUAAUGUCCAAAGGUAUUGAAUUGUACAAGAAAUUGAUAGAAAUUAUCAUGACUCAGGCAACUGUCUGUAUAAAAAAUCUCACCACAGACUCUCAAGUAAAGAGGAGAGGUUGGGUUGAGAUCGAUAAUAGCACACAUGUGACUUUUACUAAGCCUGGACCACUAGUUAGGCUUGCAUAUAUCGUAACUGAUAACGUGAAGAACUCUCGCCGUAUAUUAGUGUUUGUUGCAAGAGGGGCAUCUGAUGACAGAGCGCUAGUUUCUAUUGGACAUAAAAGUGCUCAAUUUGAGGCUCUCGCUAUAGAGAGAGAUCUUGGGUUUAAGACAUUUGAUCGUAGAGUGAUAGAGAUGUACUCUAAAGAAGUUGAAAACUUUAUCAGACAAUUCAGGCGGAGAUCAACAGGACAUGAUUGA